CGUGGGUGGUCACUGCUGGCUCUCCUGUGUGUCCAGCUGCUCUCGGGAUCAGGUUUUACAUCCAGGCACUUCCCGGCCGAGUCCCUGCACAGGCUUCCCUCCCACGGUCAUUCAGAAUCUGGACCUCCUGCUCCCAGAACUGCCUCUAAGGGCCCGGGGCCACCCCAAGACAGCUGAUGGGUGCUGGGUAGCCAGGCCCUCGCCCCUGACCAGACUGGAUGAGGGGGCGGGUGACCUGUCUCUCGAAGCUUCGGGGAAACCCCAUAGCGUGAGGGCCGGCAGUGUCCGUGCGGAAGGCCAAAUCCACGCCGUGCUGCGCCCCUCGGCGUCGGGAGCCCCCGGGGGGCCCUUCCUGCUGCUGCUGUUGGCCGCUGGGCACGGCCUCAGCCGAGUGGCCACAGCCUGGCACGGCCGCCCUGCUGCCACCCCGCCCACCAUGCAGCCCUGGGCCGGGGGCCAGGGCAAGCUGCAGGCCAGGUGGGCAAGGUGUCCGCUGUCCUUUGUGGGAGCGGCUCAGUGGUCACGGCGGUUCUGACCUCCCGGGCGCCCGCAGGAUCCACCACUCGCCUUCCCCCGCUCUCUCCAGAUCCCCACGGAGACGCACUCGGGGGGGAGCGUACGCCAGGGAGUGAAGCGUGGGCCCAGCACCCGCGCCCCAGAAAGGGCAGUUGCCUGUCUCUGGUUGUCCCUGCUGAAGAAAUGGAUUUGGAUCGGCUCGACCUGAAUCCCAGAAUCAUCGCUGCAGUUAAGAAAGCCAAACUCAGAUCAGUGAAAGAGGUCCUGCAUCUUUCUGGGCCAGAUCUGCAGAGACGGACCCACCUCUCCAGCCCUGACGUGCGGCUCCUCCUGAGGGCGGCUGCCUUGCUCCUGCGGGGACACAGCAUGUGCACAGCGCUGCGCCUGCUCCGGCAGGAGGGGCCGUUCCCCGAGCAGUGCCAGCGCCUGAGCCUGGGCUGCCCCGUGCUGGACGCGCUGCUCCGCGGCGGGCUGCCCCUGGGCGGCAUCACCGAGCUGGCCGGACGCAGCUCGGCUGGGAAGACCCAGCUGGCCUUGCAGCUCUGCCUGGCCGUGCAGCUCCCGCGGUGCCACGGAGGCCUGGGGGCUGGGGCGGUGUAUGUGUGCACAGAGGACGCCUUCCCCAGCCGCCGUCUGCAGCAGCUCAUCGCCCAACAGCAGCGCCUGCGGGCAGACGUCCCGGCGGACGUGAUCUCCAAGAUCAAGUUCGGCCACCAGAUCUUCAUCGAGCACGCGGCCGACGUGGACACCCUGCUGCAGUGCGUGAGCGAGAAGGUGCCCGUGCUGCUGGCAUGGGGCAUGGCCCGCCUGGUGGUCAUCGACUCCGUGGCAGCCCCCUUCCGCUGCGAGUUCGACGGGGCAGCCCUGGCCCUCAGGGCCCAGCGUCUGCUGGCGCUGGGGGCUGAACUGCGGCGGCUGAGCUGCACCUUCCGGAGCCCCGUGCUGUGCGUCAACCAGGUGACGGAGGCCAUAGAGGAGCAGGACUCGGUGGCCGGGCCGCCAGGGACGUCCCCAGCCCUGGGGAUAACCUGGGCCAACCAGCUGCUCGUGAGGCUGCUAGCCGACCGGCAGCCCCCUGAGGAGGUGCCUCUCGCCCCGCCUGGCCGCACCCUCAGGGUGGUCUUUGCCCCCCACCUGCCACCCUCCUCCUGCUCCUACACGAUCACCGCCGAGGGCGUGCGGGGUACGCCUGGGACUGUGUGCAGCUGACCGCGGGGUCCAGGACCCCCCCUUGGGGGUGGGGAGCUGCCCCUGCUGCCGAAGCCGGCUCGGCCCGUCAGCGGAAACCCUCUCUGGGCCCAUGAGGACUCGUCUACAAGGGCAGCCAGUCCAGUGUGCUGCAGUGGCUGGGGCCUCGGCCCUGGCCUUGUUGGGGGCAGGGGGUCCACUCCGGCAGGAACUCCUGCCCAGACGCAGCUCCCCCACCACGGCUGGCGCUUCUGCUUGGAACAUGGUCCUCUGCUCAGCCGGGCCACAACCAUCCGGUUUGGAAGCACGAGGCCCCACAUUCACCGAGGACACGCUGGCCCUGUUCCGGAAGGGCUGAGUCAUCUUCGCCACGCCUCUGCCCACCUCCGCCAGGCAGCCGGCCCAGCGGCUGCGGAUGAACGCACGCCGGGUGAAGGCGCCCACCGCCCCGGGCCCUCCGCAGCACUGGCUCUCUGCUGGGACUCCCUCACCCGACGGCCACCCUCUCACUCCUCUGCUCGCAGGGCCCGACACGGGCCGCCCCUCAGGGUCACAGCUGGGCCACCAGCCCUGGCCAUCAGCACUGUUGUGUGUUUUUCUAGGACAGGACGAUCCAUUUCCAGCUUUCACCAUGUUUUCAAAGUAGCCUGUGACCCUAAAAGGCCGAGUGGCUAGUGUUAAAUACGAAAAGCUGCUUUCAGGGUUGGAGUUUCACAGAAGAGCCUUUCUGCAAAGUACAGGGACUUUACAACAGGAAAUAAAAGUUUUUGUAAUUAA